AGCAGUUGCUUAUCGGUCUUGCGAGCGGAAGCUUUCACUGAAAAAAACGAGCGAAAAAUAAUUCUAUCUACAGGCCUUCCAGCCUGUUGGUAUAACACGACCAUCAGUGUUCGAGCGGUUAAUCAACAUUUUGGGUGCAUUGUAGUGUCAGAAAAAAGGAGAGUAAAAUGGAUCGGAACUCACCCGUUUACUCGAAUUACGAGGAUUUGCGAGCCUCAGAGCUGCCCUCGGUAUCCCACUCCCAUGCGGUGAACAUUAUCAGAUCAGAUCAAACACCAGAGCAUACAGAUCUUCAUACAAAUGCCAAACGUUCUGCUCCGCCAGAAUAUCGUGGAUUCAAGACGUCUGAGAACGAUCCGUUGGGCUGCAUGGAAUGGAUAGUGACAAUGCUCUCAGUACUGUUCUUCAUUGUGACUUGUCCGAUAUCAGUGUUCAUAUGCCUGAAGGUUGUGGCGGAAUAUGAGCGUGCAAUUAUUUUUCGGCUGGGACGAUUGUGCGGCGGUGCUCGUGGUCCGGGCAUGUUCUUUGUACUACCCUGCAUCGAUCAAUAUCGCAAAGUGGAUUUGCGUACGGUUACAUUCAAUGUGCCGCAGCAGGAAAUGCUGACAAAGGACUCGGUGACGGUGACAGUAGACGCAGUUGUCUAUUACCGCAUUAAUGAUCCAUUGUAUGCCAUCGUGCGCGUUGAAGACUAUAGCACCUCCACUCGUCUGCUGGCUGCCACAACGCUGCGCAAUAUUGUGGGCACACGCAAUCUCACCGAGCUACUGACCGAGCGCGAGACCCUGGCCCAUAACAUGCAAUUGACUCUGGAUGAGGCCACUGAGCCCUGGGGCGUCAUGGUUGAACGUGUCGAAAUCAAGGAUGUGUCGCUGCCCGUCUCCAUGCAGCGCGCGAUGGCCGCUGAAGCGGAGGCAUCACGCGAUGCCCGCGCCAAGGUGAUUGCCGCCGAAGGCGAAAAGAAGUCAGCAACUGCCCUCAAGGAAGCCUCCGAUGUCAUAUCCUCUAGUCCAUCCGCUUUACAGCUUCGUUAUCUGCAAACGCUGAGCAGCAUUUCAGCGGAGAAGAACUCAACUAUUGUUUUCCCACUGCCCAUGGAGCUGCUGACCCCGUAUCUGGCAAAGUAUAUGCCGAUGAUGCAGUUGCCAGCAAAGCCACCGCAGCAACCAUCAGAUAUGCUGAACGAACAACAAGCAACUUAUCCUCAACAAACAAUUCUCUAAUUAAUCUAUAUAUAAAUAUCUAUAAAUAUAUACAUACAAGCAAAUGUUUUCAAGAAUUUUCAACAAAGUAUAAAGUUUCGAUGCGAGAGAUUGCUUGAGCCUUCCUCUUCUGACCACAUAACACACGCACACCCACACCCACUCAAACACAAGAGUCGUGCAAAUAUGGAUAUGACUUUUAAAUACUUAAGAUGAAAUGAACCCUAUGUAGGACUCUGACAAAGUGAUUGUUUAACGUGUGUCUUAUCAAUUAAUAGACAACGUGAUCAUCAUUCGAAAGGAUGUUCCGGUUUUCAAUGGAAUACACAAUUGCGCACGUAGAAAGCCUAAGGAUGUGAAACACUUGAAGGCCUUACGUCCAUUAAAAUGCGCUAAACACAUUUUGUUAUCAGCAUAUAAAAUUUAUGGGUUUUUCUCUUUGUGUGUUUUUUUUCAACGAACUAAU